UUCUACUUCGCCAGCGGAGCGCUCGCUUAGCGGUACGCAACGUUGAUCACGUUGCUUCCCUGCUGCUUCUGCACUUCCGAGCCGAAUUGUGUGUUUUUUCUGGGCUUCCUAAUCUCACCGCGUUUUUCACAGCAUAAGGCAAAAUGCCUCGUCCUCUCACAGCGCAGUCCAACAAUGAGCUGCAGAUGCGACUCCGGGCUCAAAGCCAACUCCCGCUCGCCACGGACAUUCUCAACAAAAUAAGACUCUUGUGCCUCCAGCGUGGCGCCACUGGGAUCCUCGGACUCGGGAGAAUGUUCCGGAGGAUGGACGACAACAAUUCCGGCGACCUCUCCCGAGAAGAGUUCAUCAAAGGACUCAACGAAACCGGGCUCCAUGAGCAGCUUACAGCGGACGAUGUUCAACAGCUCUUUGAAAUCAUCGAUACAGACAACUCCGGAACCGUGAACUUCAACGAAUUUUUGAAGCACAUUCGGCCGCCCCUGAGUGCAUGCCGAAUUUCCAUCAUUGAGAAAGCAUUUCGAAAGAUGGACAAAACCGGUGACGGCGUCGUGACGUACGAGGACCUCAAAGGUACCUACAAUGUGAAAUCCCAUCCCGACUUCCAGAAUGGCUCGAAAACAGAGAAAGAGAUCUUGACGAGAUUUCUCAAUGUCUUCGAAGAGGGCGGUAUCCAGGACGGUCAGGUGACGUGGGACGAGUUCCUGGAUUACUACUCCGGCGUUAGUGCCUCCAUCGACGAGGAUCUCUACUUCGAUCUCAUGAUGCGACAUGCGUGGAAGCUCUAAGUGUUCAUAAUGCUCGAGUUAUUGUUCGUAAUUAUUCGCUUUUGGAGCUCUGACUCUGUGUUUGAUCGUGAGUGUUUGUGUGUCUCCAGCAUCCAUUCAA